GGUAUGCCACCUGCUGCAUGUUACAGUAACUGUCACUGUUUCAUGGUGUGUGUGUACUACGACAUACUUGCAAGUGAAAGCCUUGAAAUACGAAUUGCUCCUUUAGAAACACAGCAAGAUGUACAUUCCAGCUUUUCAACUUCUCCUGUUCGGAACUUUGUGUGUCGUAGUGUCCUCAGAUAUUAAUGUAAUUUUGGAUAACACAAAAGUUUUGGCUAAAGGAACAUUCACCAAUAAGUUGUAUUAUAUUUCCAAGUCAGCAGUAUCCGGCUUUACCCAAGCCAAGGACUGGUGUGCUGCAAACGGGGAAGGUUACCCUGCAGAGAUAGAAAGUCUUGAAGAGUUUGCAUUCCUGGAAUCGCUAGUCAAACCAAACAGUGGCCUUAGAGUGUUCAUUGCAGGCACGGACGCUCAGAAAGACGGCACUUGGGUCAGUCAACGAACUGGCACACAACUGAAUGUUUUUGAUUGGUCAGCUGGAGAGCCUAACAAUUACAGUGGGCCAGAAGAGUGUCUUGAGAUGAUGACUGACAGGGCUGGCAAGUUGAAUGAUAUUCCAUGCAAUAACCCAUUGGGAACUUUUAAUGCCUUGUGUGAAAAAGAUUUGUUCUAAAUAAUUAUUAUUUAUUUUUUAAUAAAUUUCAGUUUACCAACAUUUCUAGUUGUCAUUCAAUAUUGUACUUGUUUAUGUAGAAUUUUGUUAUAAAUUAAUUAACAGACUUCCAAACAAUAGAAAACAUUAAUAGUACGAAAUUAAAAUUUUAUACCGGACUAGUAGUAUCUGUGAAAUCGUAAACACUAUGAAUAUAAUAAUGUCAUUAAAGCAAGCUGCAUUGUCUUAAAAAAUGAUGACGGUCCAACUAGAUUUUUUCCCGUGUGGCAAACGAUUUAGUAAUUCUUUUCUCAGCGAUACAUAUCAACUGUUUUACGGAAAUCGUUAGAGCCGUUUUUGAGAUUCGCGUUCAGGUUCCUCCACCAUCCAUGAAGUUCUGAAUACAAGAGAUAUAUUGUAAAAACAAAAUUGUUGUAAACAAAUUAUUAGACAAGCCUGUAGAGAAAACAAAAGUAGGUUUUUAUAAUUCUAUAUGUACUUUACAGUCAUCUUCGAGCCCAUAGGAUUUGAGAAAUGUCCUCAUCUUCGAUGACGAAAGAGGAGCUAUGUACUAAUGUACUAAUAUAUAUAUUUCAUGUUCGUAGCCGAGAGAGGGUUCGGGGUUCAAACCCCUACCCCGAAUGGCUAAAUUGUUUGCUUAAGACGGACCAUCCAUUAUUUUUUUUUUACAAUAAAUGGGUCACAUUUUAAUUAUUCUUAAAUAAUUUUUAGUCCGUGAUUUCUAGUAUCUGUUAGACCAGAGGUUCUCAAACUUUUUGGAUCCGGUGACCCCGUUAUAGACUCACAAUUUCCCCUAGGAUCCCUAAGUGAAAAUGAUGAGAUGCGUUGCGGCAAUGAAUCCACGUUCUGCAUAACAAAAAGACGGGAACUUCUUUACAAUGAUCCGUAAUGUAAAAUUGUGGUAUCCUUAACUAAACUGUUUAGGGUGAGUAUCUAAGGCAUUACUGCAUUUCGCAGUUGUUUCGCUGCCUUAGCGUUUUGGGACUAGAACUUUCAAUUUGUCUUUUCUUAUGUCUCUACAGAGAGUUAGUAUGGGAUUGGUCUGGAAGUCUACGCUGGUGACUAGAGACAGCAGUGUGUUGUGUUGUGGUUUCGAACAUUAAUGUGCACGUUGUGGGACAGCAAGGUGUAGAAUUAUUGUUUAGUUAAUAGAUCCACAAUAUAGAAUGUUCAUCAUAACUUAAAUUCAUAUCAUUAAACAUUUACAUUGUCAA